AUGCGCCGAGUUAAGAAAUCACGUAAUGGCUGUGCGAGGUGCAAGAGCAAACGUGUCAAAUGUGGCGAAGAAAAACCCCAUUGCAGCCGUUGCACUCGCUUAGGUGUCCAUUGCCCGGGUUAUGCCCAAUCUUUACGCUGGGUCACUAGAUAUGAGCAAUCCAGUCCAGCCGCAUCGGCAUCGGCAUCGGUAUCGGCGUCGGACGCGAGAAUCCCAGGCCCCGCGGCGUCUGUCUCGACUGUUCCGAUCCAGCCGAGCCCAAUUGACCAUGUCUUGCCUCAUGAAUCAAACUUUCAAACGCAUCACGAGCAAAGUCCCGUGGAAGCUGCUCUAGAUGUACCCGGUACCCUCUGCGACAACCUAUGGGAUCUGUCCGGUCACGCGUCGCUGCCAGAACUAACAGACUUGUGUGAGCCAUCGCCGAUGGCCGCGACCUCCUCAUUCUCACCCUCGAGAGAAUUCGUCCAUGACUUUGGGCAUUCGGUAGAUGUAUCAGCCGAUCUCUCUCAUCUUUUGUCCCUGAUUGGACCCGCUCCGGUCGAAGAUCAGGGCGAGAAUGCACACCGAGACUUCUCUCCGUCGACUAUCGUUCGAAGUUACCCUCCCGCGUCGCGCCGCUCCACGCCGCGCAACUUCAUGACCAUGUCACGAUCACUGAAUAAUCCGUCAUGGACACUGAUUGAGUACUACUUCAAGGAAGUAGCGGCACUUUUUUCCAGCUACGAUAGCCAAAUGAACCCGUUCAGAACCACGGUAUCUCGCCUCUGGGGCUCCUCACUGGCAAUGUGCCGAACAAUGCAAAGUAUGGCUGCGGCAACGCUGGUCAAUGAGUUCCCUCAUUUUGGUCCGAUGGGUCGGAAGAUGCGUGAUGAAGCGGUGGACAUCAUCACCCGCGACACAGUCAUAGACGACAAAUCAUUACUGGCGUUGCUCAUGCUGGGUCAAACAGCAAGCUGGCACGAUCCAACCGAUCUAGGUAUAUCCUUUUUCAACCUGCUUCGCAAGCAGCUCAAUACCAUCGCUUCGUCAUCGAACAGCCCAGGGUUUGGGUUCGCCAAGACUGAUAGUAAUAACUAUCGGUUCUUCGAAGAAGCUUUAAUAUACUGGGAAAUGCUGCUCUCUUUUGUUGCAGAUAAUGAAAAAGGCUUGCUGUCGGACAAUUCUCAAUCGGCUUCCUCCAUGGGCGAAUCUCUUGUUCUGCAACGAGUACCUCAUCCCUGGACCGGAAUCGCACGCGAUACCCAAUUCACGGUGCAGCAGGUCGGUCAAUUGAUUCGCCGCGAGCGGAAGCGCAUGCGCUCAAGAAGAUUCACUUCCCAAGAUGAUAUCACCCGUGCUCAAAUAGCAAUUGAAAAGGCACGGGAAUUAGAAGAGCGCCUGUUGGCACUCGCCCACCCCUCUGAGGCUGAGAUCGUCAGCCCCGGUGAUGACGAUACACCAGUAUGGCAUCUCCUGACAAUGGCGGAGGCCUACAGAUGCACCGGGCUCAUGCAGUUAUAUCGCGUCUUUCCCGAUCUUCUUCAGAGACGCCUCCCUGCAUCAGACUCCAAUACCUCCAACUACCCUGCCAAUGCAUGCUCAACAAGCCGAGAUCCUUUCUUCCCAAUCGAUCUUGAUAGUAUGAACCUAUCAGCUGCGUUUGGGAACCCAAGUCCAGCUGCGCACGCCACUCACGCCCAAAAUGCCUCGCCAUCACCAUUACCUUCAACUCAUAACCUUUACCAAGACCAUAACCGAAAAAGCCCAAUCCAAAACCAAGAACACCCUUCCCCAUCCCCAGAAAACGUUGCCAACAACUGGCUUACUGAAUUCGCCGUGACGACCCUCUCUCGCCUGAAAACAAUUCCGCUUGAAUCUCGCACCCGCUGCCUCCAACCAUUCCUACUCGUAGCAUCCUGCUCGGAACUACGUCUCCCGCCUCUACCCUCAAAUAUCGAUUCUCGGGGAAAUCCUUCCAAUGGACCCACCGAUGAAUACACCGAGGGCGAAGACAGCACGUCCAAUACGAACCCAAUGCCCAGUAUUUCAAUGGCAGCGAUCGAAGUUUCGCGGACCCGGAAGUUCAUCCUUGGCCGUUUGACAUCUUAUCUACACGUCCUACCCCCGAAACCAAUUAACGUCUGUCUCAAAUUGGUAAAUGAGGUCUGGAGACGGUUGGAUGCUGGGGAAGACAACUGUUAUUGGGUUGACGUGAUGAUCGAGAAAGGAUGGGAAACCACUAUGGGGUGA